AUGGCCGACUACGGUGCGCAAAACAUCAAUGGCACCUUUCAAAAUGCAGAGACCGAACAGCAGAUGGCGCGCGGCUCAAACAACCGCUUUGAGCUCAUCUCAGGCCCUCUUCUCAAUCUGAAGAAUAUGAACUACGGAACCUCCACCCUCUGGCACGGUAGUGUUUUGAUUGUCACAAAGCCGAUUCAGGAGCAGCCUCGGCUGCACAUGCGCCAAGUGGGCGCCGUAGACAUUGGAGCUCAAAGUGGCGGCGGCAGUGACCAGAAGAGCCAAACAGUUGAAGGUCUCAAGCUAUACGAGGAUCCUCAGAAAGCGUUCUGGCGAUUCUCGCUGGCCGUGCCGGUGGAAACAUUCGAAGCGCGCUGGGAGUAUGACAUCCCUGGUCUGCACAGCGAGAGCGGAGAGCAGGUCCAGGCACCCUGGCAGUUCGUCGUUCCUGCAGAAGACCAGUCCAUGCGCAUCAUGUUCCAUUCGUGCAAUGGCUUUUCUGUCGGCACAGAUAUGAACGCUUGGGUGGGUCCGAACUUGUGGAAUGACGUGAUGCGCGUGCAUGACAAGAAGCCCUUCCAUGUGAUGGUUGGUGGAGGCGAUCAGAUCUACAAUGAUGGUAUCCGUGUCGAUGGUCCGCUCAAGGCCUGGACUGCCAUUGGCAACCCACACAAGAGGCGCGGUCAUAGCUUCGAUAAUCAGAUGCGUGCUGACUGCGAUGAGUACUACUAUGCAAACUACGUCCGCUGGUACAACACUGAGCCCUUCCGGACUGCCAAUGGCCGCAUCCCCCAGGUCAAUAUUUGGGAUGACCACGACAUCAUCGAUGGGUUCGGAUCUUACACCGAUCAUUUUAUGAAGUGUGCCGUCUUCCGCGGUAUUGGCGGUGUCGCGUUCAAGUACUACUGUCUUUUCCAGCACCACAUGGCUCCUCCAAAGUCAACUUUCACCACCGAUGCUCCGCAAACCAUGCACGCGGUCGACGGCACGGCCGGUGCUGACCCGCGUCAGGUGGAGAAUACUUACGUUCUGGAGAACCAGGUCGAGGACGACAGCUGGAUCAUCGGCAAGCGGCCAGGUCCGUAUGUGGAAGAGCGCAGCCGAUCUCUCUACAUGCGUUUCGGCAAGCGCAUUGCCUUUAUGGGUGUGGAUGCUCGCACAGAGCGCACCCGCCACCAGAUCAACUACGAGGAAACCUACGACUUGAUCUUUGAUCGUCUGCAGCGCGAGAUCCUCGCAGCUGAGGGCGACAUCAAGCACCUUGUCGUGUUGCUAGGUGUGCCCAUCGCGUACCCACGUCUAGCAUGGCUGGAGAACAUCCUUACAUCUCCGGUGGUUGCGCCCAUCCGACUCCUCAACAAGCGCUUUGGCGUUGCGGGCGGCUUCUUCAACGAGUUUGACGGGCAAGUUGAUCUCCUUGACGAUUUGGACGAUCACUACACGGCACGCCAGCACAAACACGAGCGCAGGAUGCUAAUCCAGCGCCUGCAAGAGUUCGCCCGCAGCCACAGCAUCCGCGUGACCAUUCUCAGCGGUGACGUCCACCUUGCCGCGAUCGGCCGCUUCUAUUCAAAGCCGAAGCUUAACCUCGCAGGCGAGAACGACCACCGCUUCAUAGUCAACGUCGUCAGCAGCGCCAUUACCAACAAGCCCCCGCCCAAGGCCGUUGCCAAUCUCCUCGCCCGACGGAACAAGAUUCACCAUCUCGACCGGGAGUGCGACGAGACUCUCAUGCCAUUCUUCGAUAAGCAGCCCGGUGGCCUGGAAAAGAGCGCUACGUGGAACAAGGUCACGAUGCCGUCUCGGAAUUACGCGACGCUCACUGAAGUCGUCGCUCCGGCCGGGGCCCGUGAAGUUGGUUCCGCUAAUUUGGAUAAGUUGCCCAAGGACGGCCACGCGCCGUUGCACAAAGGCGAAGUCGAUGCUGGAACAACGCACCGCGCCGCUGAUGGCUUCAGUGCUGACAGUGGGAUGUAUGGUGGACUGGAUGUUGCCGUUCGUGUUGAAAUCGAUCCCCAGGAUCGUAGUGCGACUACCGAGGGAUAUGGAUUCAGUAUUCCGCCCCUGAUGGCUACCGAGGGUCCCCCGCCUACCGGUCACCGCCUCAGCAUGCACUCGCGCCGGUCCCACCAAGGCCGGCCAUCCACAGCAAUGUAA